GACGUAAUGAUUGAAAUAGUGCGACGUGACAUCACGAAGACAUCGUCCUCGAGAUAAUAUUGUACGGGCGUGGGGGCGACGACAGGUCACUCGACAGGGGGUGGGUCAUGUAUGCUGCCGUAAGCAGAAUAGCAUCCACGAGCCGCUUCUGGUCGCGGGGACUCGCACGCAUUUGCGAAUCGAGGUUGUCAACAUCGGCCAAGAAAACGCAAACAGAGGCGAACAAAGCGGUAGCGGCGGAAAUCGCAGGCAUUGCUGCGUGCAAAACGCCUUCGAAAGAAGCAAAAGUUGAGCCGAGACUACAAAUUGUACGUGUAUAUCGAUGGAAUCCAGAAACGCCGAAAGUCAAGCCGUACAUGCAACAGUUCAGCGUGGAUCUGAACAAAUGCGGCACAAUGGUACUGGACGUAUUGACGUUUAUCAAGGCGCAACACGAUCCAACAUUGUCCUUCCGGAAGUCCUGUCGCGAAGGCAUCUGCGGAUGUUGCGGGAUGAACAUAAACGGCGUGAAUACCUUGGCUUGCAUAACAAAAGUAAAAGAAUCUCUGCAGCCACUGAUAAUCUAUCCUCUACCGCAUGCGUAUGUGAUUCGAGACUUAAUACCGGAUAUGGAACAGUUCUUAGGACAAUUCCAGAAAAUCGAUCCCUAUCUAAAGCGACCGGGUGAGGACGACUUUCUCGGUAUGCGGCAAAUUUUGCAAAGUCCAAGGGACAGGCGGAAGCUCGAUGGCUUAUAUGAAUGCAUAAUGUGCGCAUGUUGUACGUUUUCGUGUCCUCCUUACUGGUGGCUAGGCGAUAAGUACCUGGGACCUGCGGUGCUACUGCAGGCGUACAGGUGGGUGAUAGACUCGCGGGACAUGGCACAUAAAGAAAGAUUGGCAAAAUUACGAGACUUCUAUUCGGUAUAUCGAUGCCACACGAUCUUCAAUUGCACAAAGACAUGUCCAAAGGGUCUGAAUCCAGGAAAAGCAAUAGCGCAAUUAAAACGUUUGUUGGCUGGGCUUACGAACAAAGAGAAACCAGAUCUUGAGACAACGCUUCCGAAUGCCUGCCAAAGUGAGGAGCAAUAUUUAAGCAAAAAGGAAUAAAAAAAAAAAAAGUAGGACAUAGUUCGCGAGAAGUUCCUCUUUAUUGUAUAAGGUCCAUCAUUUUCAAUAAAGAACUUAGUAUAAUUGAAUAUUAAGUUUAAUUUUGUACAACAGGUGAU